AAACACCCACCAGUCACCACCAUGAAUCACCACCUGUGACUCGUCCCAUUGGGAACCUGAAACCGGUGAAGGUCGAGUUACCGCGGCGUUGACGGUGGCCGUUGAAAACUGAAUCGAAGCACACCAUUCCACGACGAUGAAGACCACCGCAAUUUCAACAUCACCGCUACUUCUACUAUUCCUCUUCCACUUUUCUUCCCCAAUCACUGCUAUCAGGAAGGACAUUGGAUUCCAAUCCAUCAUCCCCACCUGCAAAACCACCGUUCAAGGAAGAUACCAUCUCACCGACGACAACGGUUUUGUAUGCAGUGCACUUUCUGUUGAUUCAAUGUCUCGCUGUUGUCCUCAAUCUAGGGAGAAAUUCUCUUGUCAUGGGUGCAAUGUUCUUUCACAGUGUUGCAACUCUUAUGAAUAUUGUGUUUCCUGUUGCCUCAAUCCUGCACUGACUAGUAAGGAACAAGUGCUGAAGAUGAAGAUUAGCAAACCUGUUACUGCAAGGACUUAUGAAAAUGUUUUUGACUACUGUGCUGCGAGAUGUCGUCACAGUUCUGAGAGUGUGGUUCAUGAAAAUGCUUAUCUUAGUGACUUCCACCACUGCUUUUCUCUUCCAUCAAAUUCUUCUGGGACAAAUGUUACUCUAACAGAAGCAAGAUUAAAUGGCAUCAAUGUUGUUGUUGGAAGGCAAGGUGAAUCAUGUAGUUCAGUUUGCAAAUUAAGGGGACAAUCAUGUGUCCCAAACAAACUUGUGGUGCUUAAUAAUUGUGACAUUAUUCAGAGAUAUAUGAGUUGCAAGGGAUCUUGCUUGGCAAGUGUUGGAACAGAUCAACCUGCUGAAGUUGUUUAUGAUGCUCCCAAGGAUCUGAAUCCAGGAUCAUGUUUAUACACUGAAACAGAAUCUGUGCUUUCUUGUGAUGGUUCACAUCAGCACACAAAGAGACUCUGCCCCUGUGCAUAGUGUUUGCCUAAUUUUUGUAUCGCCAGAAGGGUCUGUAUCAGAAGAGACAAUUCUUGUUUCAGUGUUACGAAUGAAGGUGGCAACUCGUGAAAGCAUCAACCCUUGGAUAUUUAAUGUUAUUAUCCAUUUGCCUUUAUGUUGUAAAAUUUAGCUCAUUAGCCAUUCCUUUCAAAGAAAACUACUUUCGGCAGCAUUUAGAAGUUUUAGAAAAAAUGACGUAGAGAUUUGGGAAAGAGAAUAGGCUAGAUGAGGACACAGAAGGUUACUUUCCUCAUGUUUGGAUGGAUCAGGAAAGGAAUGAAUGAGAAGGUAAAAUGUUGUAAGUAUAAAUUUUAAUAUAAGCUCUUAUUAGCUUAUGGAACAAGUAUAUAAAUACUAAACUUUUUAAACAAAAAUUAAGUUACUCCUUUAUUUUUUCAA